GAACUUGAACCAGAAAACAGAUCUCACCUCAGCCUUGGAAUUUCUCAACCGUGUUCUCUACCCUAUUUAUAGUCUUUAUAUUUCCAGCUCUUCCUCUCACUCACUCGCCUAUGGCAUAUUAAUUUGUAUUAACAUUUAAUUUUCUAUAAGCUCAGUACUCCUAAAUUAAGGCUCCAUCACUCCAUCAAUCUGUUAUUCUUUGAGGAGCUCUCACCAAAAUGAAGAUUUUUACUUGGAUGCAAAAUAAGUUCAAUGGAAGACAUGAGAGCAGGAAACCAACCAGCUUCAUUUCAGCUAGUCAAAACAUAAAACAAGACCCUGGCAAAGAAGGAUUCAGCGAAAGACAUAUUGGGAGUUUGCUAGCGAUUGGGACAUUAGGAGAAAACGCUUGGAAAGAAGACCCAGAGAGCAGCAUUAAUCUUGUGGGAAAUUCAUCCUCCUCCCAAGAUCAUGAUCUGCAAGAUCUUACACUUGAAGAAUUGGGAAAGCUUCAGAACGAGUUGAACUCAAUAUUGCAUAAACAAGGCGCCGAGUUAACUCUCUCUGCAGAUUUGGAAAGAAAUAAUGUUGAAUGGAAAAAUUUGCUUGAUAAAGACUCAAGCUUGGAUUCUGAUGACCAGUCAACGAGCAACGAUUGUAAUCAGCAGCGUAGCAUCAGCAUAGUUCGAAAUAUAGGAAAGGAUGUUUGUUUGGAUAGUAAUUCAAAGGGUACCAUUAAUAGCAAAAAGUCAUUUUCUUUCCUUCUCGAAAAGAUGUUUGUCUGCAGCAGUGGAAUCACACAGCCUGCUCCCAGUUUAAGAGAUCAUGCACUCCCGGAGUCAAGAAUGGAGAAGAUUAUGAGAGCAAUACUUCACAAGAAGAUAUAUCCCCAAAGUUCAAGCACAGCAUUGUCUAUGAAGAAAUACUUGGACAAUAGACGUAUAAUGAAGCCUGCUGACGAUGAUCAGGAUCAUCAUGAAUUGAAUCUUAAGGGUGACAAUGGAAGUAAAUGGGUCAACACAAAUUCUGAAUAUAUUGUUCUAGAGAUAUAAAUGAUGAUCUACAACAAUACUUUGGUCAGAAGAGAAGAAUAUAUAUAUAUAUAUAUAUAUAUA